GAGUGUGAAGGAGGGAGAACGUAAUUAGAAGGCGCCGUGACGAUGAGCGGGAUUCCAGAAGUUGCAUUGGGCGCCUUUUUAUUGACGGCAACAGCAGCUAGAGAGGGGCGCGCGGCGCUUAAAGCGAGUUGAGUCUGCGCGGAAAGUUGACCGUUAUGGCGUCCGUGGCGUUGAGCGAAGCGGAGAAAGUGUACAUCAUACACGGUGUCCAGGAGGAUCUUCGAGUUGAUGGUCGUCGUUGUGAAGAUUAUAGAUGUACUGAAGUGGAGACGGAUGUGGUAUCUAAUACAAGUGGAUCUGCUAGAGUAAAACUUGGGCACACAGACAUCUUGGUUGGAGUCAAAGCAGAAAUGGGAGCACCAAAGCUGGAUAAACCAGAUGAAGGCUACUUGGAAUUCUUUGUGGAUUGUUCAGCCAAUGCGACUCCAGAAUUUGAAGGCCGCGGUGGAGAGGAGCUUGGCACUGAAAUAGCAAAUACCCUCUACAGAAUAUUUAACAAUGAGAGCAGUGUUGACUUGAAGUUGCUUUGCAUUACCCCCAGAGAACACUGCUGGGUGCUUUACGUUGAUGUCUUGUUACUGGAGUGUGGUGGUAACUUGUUUGAUGCCAUCUCUGUUGCAGUGAAGGCAGCACUUUUUAAUACCAGGAUACCCAAAGUACGUGUUUUGGAGGAUGAAGGAGGACGGGAAAUUGAGCUUUCUGAUGAUCCCUUUGACUGUAUUCGACUUAAUGUGGAUAAUGUACCCUGCAUUAUCACGCUAAGCAAAAUUGGUUAUAGGCAUGUAGUGGAUGCCACACUUCAGGAGGAAGCAUGUUCUUUGGCUAGUCUCCUCAUUUCUGUAACCAGUAGAGGCAUCCUAACCUGUAUGAAGAAAGUGGGAAGGGGAAGCCUCGACCCAGAAAGCAUAUUUGAGAUGAUGGAGACAGGAGAGCGGGUAGGCAAGGUGUUGCAUACCUCUUUGCAAACAAUCUUAGACAAAGAAGAGACUCUUGGAACAGCACAGAAAAAAGUUGGAUUCCUGGGAUGAACACCAUCGUUACAUUGAACUAGUUGAAAAUCUGUCAGUGGGUUCGUUUUUUAGCUAGUUGUGUUUUUUUUUACAAAGUUGAAUAUAUAUUCUUUAAAUAAAAGUGGUUUUUUCCCCUCUC